UGCGCGUGUUCUUCCUCUUCCUUUUCCGCGGCGAAGCUCUUUAAACUGAAAUAAAUUUGCAUUUGUUUGUUCUUAAAUAAGAAUUAACAAUGAAUCUGGAGGACGUCUCGGUGGUGAUGAAGCUAUGCGACGACAACGUGCUCAAGCUAUACGAGAAUCUCCGCACCUACCAGCGCGAUGUGCGACGCGUCAAGAAAUUGAUGACGAAAAGAUGGGCGAAUGUGAAGCGACUGGACAGAGGCAUCAUCGCCCUGCACGACCAGUUGGUGGGCAGUCUCAGCGAGGUGAAUGCCUAUAUCAUUAAGCUGAACCUGCAUAUAGAGCUCAACCGACCGUUGGAUCGAUUUACGGAGGAAGAACGAUCGGAGGACUCCUUGGACGAACUAUACUCGCCAAACAACGCGUCUGUAAGGGCAAUGAAAGGAGCUAGUUCUGAUGAAACGGAUGAACAGUCGCAGGAGCAGGCCUCCAUCGAGCAGAGUCUAGAAGAUUCCACGCAGCUGGUACCCGUUGAUCUUUCAUUGCGUUUCGUGGAGUCCAGUAUGUCGUCUUCUCAGUCGUUUGACGAGCCUAAGGUGGCUACUCCAAAGUCUCCAGUACUGGCUUCCACAUCUACUCCCAAACUAACAAGGACUCCAAGCAAUGAAUCCCUUCUUUCCCCCAGAAACUCCACCCAGACGAUCAGCAAUGUUACCUCCAAACAAAAUUCCAAGAAAAUAACUCAAUUGGAAAUUAAAGAGAACCCAAUGGUCAUGGAGUCAUUCCCUGAAGAUCUAAAGAUUUCUACUCCAACCAGCAAUAGUGUCUCCCAACAAAAGUCCAAAAACAUAAGUCCAUUGCAAAUUGAAGAGAAUCCAGUGGGCAUUAAGGAUUUCCAGGAAGAACCAAAAGUGGCUCAUCCCACCAGCAACAAAGUCUCUUCACAAACGUCUAAAUCCAUAACUUCAUUGCAAAUUGUAGAGAGUCCAGAAAUCAUUAAGUCAUGCGAGAAAGAUCCAAAUGUAGCUACUCUAACGAGUAAUAAUGUCUCCCAACAAAAGUGCAAAACCAUAACUUCAUUGCAAAUUAAUGAGACCCCAGUGGUCAUUAAGCCUUUCCAGGAAGAACCAAAAGUUGUCACUCCCACCAGCAAUAAUGUCACCCAACAAAAGUCCACACACAUAACUCCAUUGCAAAUUGAAGAGAGUCCAGAAAAUAUUCAGUCAUUCCAGGAAGGUUCAAAGGUUAUUACUCCAAAGAGCAAUAAUGUCUCCCAACAAAUGUCCAAAAACAAAAGUCCAUUGCAAAAGGAAGAGAUCCCAGUGGUCAUUAAGCCUUUCCCGGAAGAACCAAAUGUUGCUAGUCCCACCAGCAACAAAGUCUCCCCACAAACGUCUAAAACCAUAACUUCAUUGCAAAUUAAAGACAGUACAGAAAUCAUUAGGUCAUUCCCGGAAGAUCCAAGGGUUAUUACCCAAACUAGCAAUGAUGUCUCCCAACAAAAGUCCAAAAACACAACAUCAUUGCAAAUCAAAGAGAGUACAGAAAUCAUUAAGUCAUUCCAGGACGAUCCGAAGGUUGCUACUCCAACCAGCAAUAAUUUAUCUAACCUAAACUCCAAAAACAUAACUCCACUACAAACUCAGAAAAAUCCAGCGUUCGCCACCUUGCCUUCCACUUGGCUUAUUGAUCCGCCCGAUCAGGUUCCUACUCCACCACUGGCAACCAUUUCGAAACAUCCAAAAACUCCUAGAAGCCAAACCCUCUUGCCCCCCAAAGGUGGCACCCAGACAACCAGCACAGGGAUCUACAAUCAAAUCUUGAGAAAUAUGGCUGCCUUCCCCAGCAGAACCUUGGUCGCCGCCGCAUUGGUGCAUGUGAACUUAGCGGACGACUGCAUCUAUGUGGCCAAAUGGGAUGAGAGUUCAGAGAGAAUUCAGAAGGUGCUCCAGGGACAAGUGGCUCUGCAGAAAUUGGAUCAGCUGCCCGACUACGGAGAGAUCUUUGCAGUUCUCGACAGCAGCGACAAUAUUACUACUCGGAUGACCAUUAAUAGCAGUUGCGCUGUAGGAGGCUAUUAUGGUUAUUUGAUCGACUAUGGCGAACACAUUCACCUGAACGGCUACGAAACUAUAUAUGAGUUGCCCGACGAUAUAAAACGACUGCCGGCGGAAGCCAUUAGAGCCAAGUUAGUCAACUACGAUAUUGGCGAGAUGAAAACCUUCCUGUACAGUGUCAUUCAGUUGCGUGUACUUGAAAACAAUGGCAUUGAACUGGUGGUGGAAGUGAUCGAGGAUAACCUCAGCAAAGUAAGGCUUUCCCUUAAAAAUAAGACCGACAGUGAAAGUCGUGCCGAAGUAAACGAGGAAGAUAUGGCCAUGCUUAAUGAAAUCGAAGAGAGCACCAGUGAUCCUCUGAAGGCAGUGCUGGGCUUUAGGCCCACGGACGAGCAGCGCAUUUGCCGGCACUAUGAUCCAAAGAUAAAUGGGUGCUUCAAGGGCAACAACUGUCGAUUGGUUCAUGAACCCUUUGCCCCGUAUGGCGCCACCAAGGAUGUGGAGGUAGCUGCACCUCUUCCGGAAACCCUCUUUGAUACACCAGUGCCAUUUGAAAUUGGAAGCAUUGUCCGCAUCUUGAUCACCUUUAUCAAUGGCCCUACCGAAGUUUAUGCCCAGUUCUUGGACGGAUCUGCUCCGCUGGUGUGGGAGGAAAAGGAUGUGCCCGUAAACAAACGACACUUCAAGCACAAGCCGCACAUUCUGGACAUUGUACUCGCCCUCUACAGCGAUGGCUGCUUCUAUCGCGCUCAGAUAAUCGAUGAAUUGGAUAAGGAGUACAAGAUAUUUUAUGUGGAUUAUGGCAACACAGAGUUUGUCCCACUGAGCUCCUUGGCUCCCUGCAACGACGUGGAGAGAUUGAAGCCUCAUCGGUGCAUCAGUUGUCAUUUCGAGGGUGUUGUAAGAUCAACAUUACUGACGCAUCAGGAGACAUUUGAAUGCGUCGAGUACCUGAAGAGCAAAGUGCUUAAUAGGGAGAUGAAUGUUAGGCUGGUGAAUCGUCUACCGGAUGGUUUUAUGAUUCGCUUCCUGGGCGAUUGGAAAGAAGUGCCGCGUCACCUGAUAAAUCGCAAGUAUGUCGACCCCGUCAAUGGGAAAAGGCGGGAUUCCGACGGUGAGGAAGAUUAAAAUCAAUCUACGGCAGUCGAGGAUUACAAUGGAUAUUAAAAUCGUUUUAUUGGUUUAUCUUAGUUUUAAUCAUACUUAUUUUUAAGUGUCUUAAUGUUUCAAUUCAAAGACGAAAGAGGGACUUCACUUAUCCCAACUUCAAAGCAGCUUAACCUUAACUUAGCACUACUACAAUGCUUUUGAAAUCAAUUUCUGAACAAACGUUUCUUUUAAUCAACAUUAAUUGUCAGCUUUAUAAAGCCUUAUUAUUUACUUUAAGAAAACUAUUCUUUUUAAGCGAAAAUUAAUUUUUUUAUUUAGUACCAUGUAUUAAUUUGACAUUUCCAUUAAGCUCACAAUGUUAAUAUUUGUUUUCGAUGGACUCAUUUACUGUUUUUGAAUUAGUAUAUAACCUUCAGUUAUGCCGCGAAGCAUACCAAAUAAACUGGCUAUGUUCCAACACGUUAUCCACA